AUGUAUUUGCAGAGAUGCCAGACCCGCCAGGAAAAAAGAAAUCAGAAAAAAAAAACGCCAUUCAAGUUUUUGAAAAAUCGGCCGCCUAGGAGGGCUAGGCGGGCAACUGCCAAGGUUCACCCUAAUUUAUGGAAACCAAGGAGGUUAGAGCUGAUGAACAAUGACCUUCCCAGCACCAACCCUGAAGACUCUAUGUCCUGCUUUGAUUUGUCCAAGAAUGAUUCAUAUCUCAUGUCAGCAACAGGAGGGAUGCUCUCCGUUUUUGACAUGACAACAUUUAAGGUUACAAGGAAGCUUGAGGGUCACACCAAAAGAGUCACCCUUGCCUUCUCAAACACUCUGAAUGUACUAGUUUAUUCUGGUGCUGAUGCAUAUUGGAAACUACAAUAUUACUUUCAGACAAGGCGUCUACUCUAA